GUGAGAGGUGACUUGGAGGGGAUUUUUUCCCCUUAAAUAUGGCUAGUACGUUACACACGCACAUACACACCCAUACUCAAAGCGUUCUCUCUCUCUCUCUCUUUCUAGUCUCUGCAACCGACACAAAGAAAUGGCCGCCGCAGCGCCACCACCACCGCCAUCCGCAGCCCCCUUUCCCAACACCACAUUGCCAGAAAACCAGCCGGUCGGCAACCCAAUCUUCGCCCGAAUCCGGCUGGCCACCAAGUCCGACGUCCCACACAUCCAUAAGCUCAUCCACCAGAUGGCCGUCUUCGAGCGUCUUACCCACCUCUUCUCGGGCACCGAAGCCUCCCUCUCCGCCACCCUUUUCGACAACAACGCCGCCCCUCCCUUCCACUCCUUCACCAUCUUCCUCCUCGAAGUCUCACCCACCCCCUUCCCUCCCACCCCCACCAAUCCAUUCUUCACCCCCAUCCAUAAAACCCUAAAUUUCGACCUCCCAAUUCAUGACCCAGAAUCUGAUUCCUUCAAAUCAAACCCUAAUGAUGAGAUUGUUGUGGCUGGGUUUGUUUUGUUUUUCCCCAAUUACUCAACAUUCUUGGCCAAACCGGGAUUGUAUGUGGAAGAUUUGUUCGUGAGGGAGUGUUAUAGGAGGAAAGGGUUUGGGAAAAUGCUGUUGUCGGCGGUGGCGACUCAGGCGGCGAAGAUGGGGUACGGGAGGGUGGAGUGGGUGGUGCUCGAUUGGAAUGUGAAUGCAAUCAAGUUCUACGAAGAAAUGGGGGCUCAGAUCCACCAGGAGUGGAGGAUUUGUAGGUUGACUGGUGAGGCUCUGCAGGCUUAUGCUAAUCAUUAAUUGACAAAUUAGGGUUUUGGGUUGGCCUCUCUUUGAGAAAUUAGGGUUUUGUUUGUAGUUGAUUUUGGGUGCUGCAGAUGCGAGGGAUUAGGGUUAGGGUUUUGUGGGAAAUGCGAGGACUGUGCUCAUUUCUAGUUUUUUUUCACAUGUACCCUGCCUGCAUUUUACUAAAAUCAACAAGUCCUAUCCAAGAAAUAAAAAAAUAGUAUGUUUAUGUUUUAAAUAUUUA